AUGGAGCUCGCGGUGAGCAACCUUAACAGCAUCACGCGCUCUUACAACCUUAUGGCCCCGGACCUGGCAAAGAAGCCAUACUUUAUGCUGCAGCGAGAGCUGGACGCCUGCUUUGCUGAUGUUGCGCCAUUGUUGGCCGACACGAUCGGGGAACGCGCGAGGCGCCCGCAGAGGUCGCUCCUGGACGGGGCCGCAGGCGGUGCUCAGAAGGGCGUCCUGGCCAGGCUUGGUGGGGAGGGGUGGGUGAGCAAGGCCAAAGUGUACGACUCCAAGGCGCCGCACUAUGGGUUCAAGGAGAUGUGGCGGGAUUUCUUUGCCAAAUGGAGUUGAUGUUCUGUCUUCACAUCUAGGGGUUUUCUUUACAAGACUCCCCGCCGUGCCCAGACACGCUCAGAUCUCCCAAUCUAUCGUCAUCCUUCU